AUGGGUAGUAUCGGAGGAGGAUUGUUGAUUGAAUUGCUGAGUGGUAUGAAUAGAAGUUAUUCUGCACCCAAUAGAAGAAUUAAAAUUGAAACACCUUCAUCAUCAACUUCAUUACCUUCCUCCGAGAAUGAUGCAACAGGUAAAUUAACAUCAUCACACUCGGAAAAUACAUCUAGAAAACAAUCUAAUAAGAACAAAUCAUCAACAACACAAGAAAUGAAAGAAAUUCAAGAAUUAUCAUAUAAUAACUUUGUAAAACUAAAGAGUAUGAGAAUGAAUCGAAAAGUUGAUAAGGAUUUAGAGGAAAUUAAAGAAGAGCAACAGAAACACAAACAAAGAUGGACUGAAAUACAGUUCAUGUUAACUUCUGUCCAUGAAAUUGAUCAAUAUCUCAUCAAGAACAAAUUCCAAAUCUCAAAGGAAGAAGCCAUUCAUGAAUUCUUCAAAAUGAUGAAGUUUGUUCUUACCUAUGCAGAAGCAACUCAAUUUAUGGCAUCUAAAAAGAUGGUUGGAAUGGUUUAUUCCAUCUCUAAGAAUGUUUUGAAAAUCAUUGGAAAUAAUCCACAAAGUUUGAGAGAUGUCUAUAAUUUAAUUUGCAUGAUACAGUUCAAAAACUUUUCAUCUCUUCAAAUUCCUUGUUAUCAAUUGGCUUAUGGAUUUAAAGUAUUGAAUGAUAUUGAAUUUGCUCAGUCAUUAUUUGAAAAUCAUAUUGCUGAGAUUUUAGAAGUAUUGAUCAAAAAAGAUCAGUCCUUCUAUUGUGACUAUUUAAUGUCAGCACAUCUCCUUUUACCAACAUUUUCAAUUACACACGAACAUUUGGUUGAUAAAAUCUUUGAAAUUUCAGCAAAGGUUAUUCCAAAGGGAGCUCUAGGUUCCAGUGCAGAAGAAGUUCACGAAAAGUUUAAGAAUCAAACUAAAAUCCUUCCAUCCCAAAACAGCUAUGGGUUGUUUAGCUGUGUUAGAUCAUUAUCCGAGCAAAUAUUCCAAUAUAUGGAAAGUUUAGAGAAAAAGACAAUUAGUAAGGGAAAAUUCGAUUCAGAAUUAUUCAUUAAGAGUUUCAGAAAAAUUCAUGAAAAGGGAGUUUAUAUGGAUAUUCACAAGUAUAAUUUUGCUUUGGAAAUUCUGGUAAGAAAUAACAGUAAUAAUACGAUGGAAUUCUUUGAAGAAAUAAGGAAUCUCGAACAUAUCAAACCAGAUACUGGUACCUACUGUACACUUAUCAAACAUUACGGAAAGAAACUGACAGAAGAUGAUGAACAACAAUUACUAACAAUUUAUGAAGAAAUUAAGAAGAAGAACUUGAUUAAUCAACAUUUAUUAACAACAUUUUUGAGUAUUACAAAACGACACAGUCAAAGAUUUGACAGAUUGAGAGAACAAGUUAGUUCUGAUUUAUAUGGAAUGAAGAAUUUAGAUAGCCAUUCAAUUACAGAACUCAUUCACCAGUCUGUUUUACAAGGAGGAAUAACGGCAGGUUACUCAUUCUUCUGUAGUGCUAGAGAGACAUCCAAAUUAAAUGGUAAUGCACUAUCCUCCUCUGCCUACAAUAUUAUCCUUCAAGCUGUAACGAAUGAUCUGAAGCAAAUUACAUUGGCUUUCAAUAUUUUGAACUAUAUGCUAGAAGAUAAGGUUCAUCCAAGCGACUUUAUUCUUGUCAGUUUACUGAGUAUUGAAACCAAGUUGAGAGAUCUUCUGUACAAACCUGGAGAAGUUGAUACUGAAAUUGUGGAAAGAUUGGAAAGAUACAAACAUACAUUGGAUCUUUUACUAAAGGAUAUCAUUGAUGAUGCAUGUCAAGGAAAACCAGUCAAUUUUGUUGUUAUUUCAGCAGCCAUGAAAAGAUUUAAAGCAACUAAGGAGUAUGGAACUGUCAUUAAAAUAUGGCGUGCAGUGAGGGCUAGACUUCCUCACAAAUCAAAAUUAGAUGGUUCCAUUUAUUUGAUUGCCUUAUCAUCUUGUGAAUUAUCCAAUGAUUACAAAUCAUUUAAUGACAGUUUAGAAUUUAUCAUGAAAGAAAACAUUCCAAGAAUUUCGUGGCAAUUAUACUAUUACCUUAUUUCAACACUUAUUGCACAAAAGAAGGUCAAAUUAGGAGAUGGUGCACUUUAUGAAAGAUUAUUCAAAUUCAUCUUUGAAAAGUAUACUCCUCUCGUUUGUGAUGUAAAGAAUGUUCAACGUAUCAUGCCAGAUAUUAUCGAAGAGAGAUGGGCAAUACCUCCUCCAACUCUCACCUCAUUAGAAAUUAAAGUGCUAGACCUUGCUAAGAAAUUCCAACUCGUAAAAUAA